AUGGGGGAAAACAGAGAAAUAGAGCGUUUACAGCAACGUAUCCGAGAGCUAGAAGAAAAACAGUCCGGAUCCGCUGCUGACCAGCCCAAGCGAAGCCGACGGGGAUGGGAUGGGAUUCACACUCGCUCGGCACACGCCUCGCAGACGCAGUGGUAUGGCCCUUCAUCGGCCUUUUAUUUCAUGGGCCGUAUAAGCAAUUACCUGAGCACCGUGCUAGAACAGCCUCAGAAUGUCCACCAUCUGCAACCUAACUCGGCUAGCCGCAGCUUCACUAGUCCCACCUCGCCCAAGAAUGGCCUUGAGACCUCGUCUCUCGGCGAAGGCAUGUAUCUAAGUGCCAUUGAAGAGGAUUUCUUCCUCAACCUGUUCUGGCAAUCGUACCACCCCACCUAUCAAGUCCUAGAUGAAGCCGAAUUCCGGGAGCAUUAUAAGUCUCUCUGGGCCCUCUCGCCCACGACGCGGAAGUCAUCUGCGCUCGUCGACAUUAUCCUCGCCCUCUGUAUGCAGUACGGUGUUAUCUCGGGUCACGAGCAUGAUUCUAACAUCGCGGACGGUGAUGUGGGUCUAGAUGACGCGAGUAUAGCUGGUCGAUGGUACUACCGCCGUUCACAAACGCUCCUCACCUCCGAUGUUGAGAGCCCAUCCAUCGCGACGCUCCAAUGCCACCUCUUUUCCGUCGUAUACCUUUGCAACGCUUCAUUUCAGAACAUGGCGCACGUUACUCUAGCGCUCGCCAUACGCACUGCCCAUAUCCUCGGUCUUCAUCUAGAGCCACCCGACAGCCUUCCUCGGGCCCAACGAGAGUUGCGAAAACGGAUUUGGUGGACACUUUACACAAUCGAGAGCAAGACGUGUAUGAAACUCGGCCGGCCGUGGCUAUCAGCCGACCUGACUGCUACCUGUAGCGUUCCAGCUGAUGACCACGAGCUGGCUCGGAUGUCUGUCUCGAACAUUGCAGCGUACGGCGACAAUGUAACUUGGUUAACCUAUAGUCGGCUUUUGACAACAUUGGUGCUCACAAUUGAAACGAUCUAUCUGAGCUUCUACGACAAAUAUGCCGAGAUCAUGGAGGCUAACAACCUCAAAACCCUGUAUACGGAUUUGACCUAUCUAGAAAUGUUGGCAGAAUGGCUCCCGUCCCAACUGGAUAGCCUGCAUGUCUGGCUGUGCAAUGUCCCAGACGCAAUGAAGACGAAACGUAAGGAUUCGGGGGAGCCUUUUUCGACUGACAGGUCGGCGCUACAUCUAGAAAGAUACGCACCAUCGUGGCUCCAGCGUCAACGGCUGCUUCUAGAGCUGCUCUAUCACAAUCUAUCUAUGAACCUCUACCGACCCUUCAUCUAUUUCCCGUCCGGCUCUCCUACCGUGGUUACAAAUUCCAGCCCCAUAGCUGAUGACCACGCCAUCUCCUGCAUCAACCAUGCCGUCGCCAUUACACAAAUUCUUCAUCAGGCCCUAACAAGUACCGACCUCGUCAAGGGGUGGUAUGAAGCUUUUCAAUGGCAGUGGAAUGCCACUCUCUCCAUGACCGGCUUCGUGCUCGCGUAUCCGCAACAUCCGUCCACGCCAGUAGUCCGCGACGCCCUCGACAAUGCCAUCACAGUUUUCGAGGCCUUUGGCACUCAUUUCGCAGUCGCUAUGAGCGCUGCCAAUGUCACCCGGGGACUUGCUGCCAAGGCCGACUUCCUUAACGGCCGCUUUCCAUCGGGUUCCACCCCUUUGCUCUCAGACCAGACAAAUACCUUACCAGACCGCGAUAAUAAUGAUGAUCCGGGCAAUUUAGGGCGUACGGAUACACCAUGGGCCGAAUUACAGAGCACGUUGGCCGGGGAGAUGGGAUUAGCAUACAAUGACGACUGGUUGUAUGGAUUUGAGCCGUUGUAUGUAGGAUCGAGGGAUCAGGCGGAGGUAUGGAACUUUACUUGUGGUUGA